AGGCGAGCUCCUCUCGCCCGUCCUCUCGCCCGCUCAGCACCGCUGGUCUCUCUCGAAGAGCCACGUUAUGCCGCCCAGCGACCUCUUGAGGCUGCCUGUCGACGAGCUCCGCUCCUCGCGCCUCGCCGAGCUCCUCGCGAGCAUCGACGCCGCCGACGCCGCCGACGCGCCUCUACUGACGCUGCUGUUCGACAAGGCCUUCAGCGGCGACGCCGGCCUCCAGCUCCUCCGUUCGGCGGCGGUGCAAGAGGCGCUCCGCGCGACGGCGCUCGUGCACGCCGACGACGCAAUCCGUUCCUUUGCGCUCGUGCACUGCAAGCGGCUCGCGGCGGCGGCGGCCGACGUCUCCCUCCUCGGCGCGAGCGGGGUGCUGCAGCAGAUUGCCGUGCUCGUCUCAGACGCGUCGCUCGGCGUGUCGCAGCGGGCGGUGGGGUUCUUCGUCGCCUGCGCGGCGAGCGCCGGCGCCCUCCGCGCCGUCCUCGACCACGCUCCCUCUCGCACCGCGCUCCUCGCCCCCUGCGCCGCCGCCGCCGCCGACCCAGCCGGCGGCGUUCCCGCCCUCGCGCUGCGCACGCUCGCGCUCUUCGGUGAGAUCGCCGCGAUUGGCGACGCGCAGUGCGCCAUGUGCGAGGAGAGCGGCGCGCUCGACCUCGCUCUCGCGGCAUGGAGAGGCUCCGACGAGCUGGUCCGACUCAACGCGCUGGAGGUGUUUGCCCUUCUGGCGCGCGUGCCCCGCGGCCUGCACUGGCUCGAGGCGCACGGCGUCGUGGACGACCUGCUCGCGCAGGCGCGCGGCGCUGAGGCCGACGGUGACGCGCCGAUGGCAGAGGCGCUCUCCUCUGGCGGACUGCUCGGCCCGCUCUGGCGGCAGCUCGAGCCGGCCGGAGGUGGCGCGCGCGACGCGGCACUGGCGGCGGUGCGCGGCGCGGCGUGCUCGCGGCGGGGCUGCAUUCUCGUGCUGCGGCAGACGGCGAGCGGCGGCGCGGCGGACCCGUUGGCGAGGCUGCUGCGCUCGAGCGACGCGCGGGCAAAGGUGGGCGCCUUUGCGGUGGCCGCGCAGCUCUGCAGCUCUUGCGCUCGAUUCGCGGCGGACGGCGAGGUGGCGAGCGUGCAGCCGGCUCUGCGUGCGCUCAUCGCCGCCGUCUCCCCCUCGGCGGGCACCGCACCCGGCGACGCCCUCGCCGCGCUGGAGCUGCGCGUCGCGGCGCUGCGGCUGCUGCUCGGCCUCGCGCAGCUUGAGUGGGGCGCGGGAGAUGGGGCGAUAUGGGGAGAGACGGGGAGAGACGGGGAGAUAUGGGGAGAGGUGCCCAUGCGCCUCCAAGACGUCGGCCUCGUGGGUGCGGCGGCGGCGGGCAUGAUGAUGCUGGAGAUGAUCAAGGCGGCGGCGAUGAUGGCGGCGGUGAUGAAGACGACCAUGGUGAUGCUGGCGGCAAUCGAGAGCGGCGAUGGUGAAGAGGGCAAGUCGGCGGAGCUCGAGCCGGCCGGAGGUGGCGCGCGCGACGCGGCACUGGCGGCGGUGCGCGGCGCGGCGUGCUCGCGGCGGGGCUGCAUUCUCGUGCUGCGGCAGACGGCGAGCGGCGGCGCGGCGGACCCGUUGGCGAGGCUGCUGCGCUCGAGCGACGCGCGGGCAAAGGUGGGCGCCUUUGCGGUGGCCGCGCAGCUCUGCAGCUCUUGCGCUCGAUUCGCGGCGGACGGCGAGGUGGCGAGCGUGCAGCCGGCUCUGCGCGCGCUCGCCCUCGCCCGCUGCGAGGGGCUGCUCCACCUGCUGCUCCACGCGGAGGCUGUGCUGACCCCCGACGAGCUGCGCGACAAGCACGCCCUCGCCUCGGCGCUGCUCAAGUCGACGGCCGCUGCCGACGUGAUUGGCGCCGGCGCGGCGACCGUGCGCCAGCUCCGCGAGUACGUGGCGGCAGGGCCGUUUGCGGCGCAGUCCAAGGCGGAGGCGCGGCCUGAGGGGCCGCUGACGCUCUGAGGCUAGCCGACGCCCGCCCCGUGCACCCCGGACCGUCGGGAGCAGAGUGGAAGUUCCCGGGCGGCUGGAGGGUGUCUUGACAGCGCAGCUUGAGGUGCCAGCUCCUUUUCGGAGCACGUGGAGCACUUGGAGUGCAGUCGCUAACCUCACAUCCAUUUCGGACCG